GCGGCGUGGGCUUCACCGUCCCGUUGGGGAGAGACAGUCUGCGCGGAGGCUUCGCCAACGAGACGCUGCGGGCUGCCGCCAAACGGACAUGUUAACGCCGAGGCCGUGAAGGCGGGACGCGGUCGAAAACGACGUCCCGUGACCUGCUGCCGGCUCCUUCGUGCGCGUGUGUUCGCACAGGCCGCCUAACGACAACAUGGAGGCUGUGAACGCCUUCAACCAGGAGCUCUUCUCACUGAUGGAGAUGAAACCUCCUAUUUCUCGUGCAAAGAUGAUUCUCAUUACUAAAGCUGCCAUUAAAGCUAUUAAGCUUUACAAGCAUGUAGUCCAGAUUGUAGAGAAGUUUAUAAAAAAGUGUAAACCAGAAUAUAAAGUUCCUGGAUUAUAUGUUAUUGAUUCUAUUGUUCGUCAGUCUCGUCAUCAGUUUGGAACGGAUAAGGAUGUUUUUGGGCCAAGAUUCUGUAAAAAUAUAACUGCCACAUUCCAGUAUUUAUAUCUUUGCCCAUCAGAAGACAAGAGUAAAAUAGUUCGUGUCCUCAACUUAUGGCAGAAAAAUGGAGUGUUUAAAAUAGAAAUAAUUCAGCCUCUCCUGGAUAUGGCAGCAGGAGCUAGUAGCACAGCUUCAAUGACUGAAGAUGCCACAAAUAAUGAAGGUUCACCACCUCCUGCCACAACAAUUCCAUCCGAGCCCCCCCAAGUUGCUUCAAAUGCAGUACCUACGGUGCCACAGUUGCCCAGUUCUGAUGCCUUUGCAGCUGUAGCUCAGUUAUUUCAAACAACCCAAGGACAACAGCUCCAACAGAUACUUCAGACUUUUCAGCAACCUCCAAAACCUCAAUCUCCAGUGAUAGAUAAUAAUGUGAUGGCUCAGGUCCAUGCUAUUACUGCUCAGCUGCAGACUACAACAACACAACCAUCGGAACAAAAGCAUGAUUUCCCAGCACCAGAGCAAAAGACAUCUUUCGAUAAGCUGUUGGAUCGAUUUGACUAUGAUGAUGAACCAGAAGCAGUGGAAGACUCCAAGAAAGAGGAGACAACAACAUCUCCUUCAGUCCCUCAGCCAGCAUAUGGAUUUCCAGGUGAAGGCAUGCAGCAAGCAGUUUAUCCCCAGCUUCCAAAUAUGGAUCAAUUUCAACAGCGAAUGCUGGGAAUGCAGCAAGACCCCAUGCUUCACCAGGUCCCACUUCCACCGAACGGACAAAUGCAAAACUAUGGACUUUUACCUACAUCGCAAUUUCCUCCUAUGGCUCAACCUGUCAUGCAGCCUUCACCUCAGGUGCAGCAGUCCUUCCAACCUUCUUUUGCAGCACAGAGUGAGCCACAUAUACAGAAGGCACAUCAGCAGGAAAUGGAAGUGGAUCAGCCUCCUGUUCAGGAAGGAAAGAGACAAGAAAACAGAAAGUCACGCUCUAGAUCAGCAUCAAGGUCACCCAAAAGGAGAAGAUCACGGUCUGGUUCUCGGAAUCGGAGAUCACGGCAUCGUCGUUCUCGAUCCCGAUCCCGAGACAGGCGGCGCCAUUCUCCUAGGUCACGAUCACAAGAAAGGCGUGAAAGGGAGAGAGAUCGGGCACGCAGAACAAAAGGCCUUCCACCAAUCAGACCUGAAACUGUUAGUGUUUGCAGUACAACACUCUGGGUAGGACAACUGGACAAACGAACAACGCAACAGGAUGUUGGAGGUCUUCUAGAAGAGUUUGGCCCAAUUGAAUCUAUAAAUAUGAUACCACCAAGAGGAUGUGCUUAUAUUGUAAUGGAGGAAAGACAAGAUGCAUACCAUGCCCUGCAGAAACUGAGUCGUGGUAACUUUAAAGUGAAUCAGAAAUCUAUAAAGAUUGCAUGGGCUUUAAACAAAGGAAUUAAACCAGACUAUAAGCAGUAUUGGGAUGUAGAAUUGGGUGUUACCUACAUACCAUGGGGUAAAGUUAAGCCUGAAGAUUUGGAAAGCUUCUGUGAAGGAGGAAUGUUGGACAGUGAAACGCUUAGUCCUAAAUGGAAAGGAAUUUCCAAAAAAACAGAAAACCAAGUAGCCCAGAAUGGAGGUGCAGGAGGUGGAGAGACUGCACAUAAUGAACAAACUUCACCUAUAGCUAAAUCUUUGUCAGUUCAAAUGCCUGUUCCUAUACCCGCACCAAUAACUGUGCCUCCACCACAGGUUCCACCACAUCAGCCAGGGCCUCCAAUGGUUGGUACAAUUCAGCCACCUACAUUUACCCCUCCAUUAGGAAUUCCACCUCCUGGGUUUGGUCCUGGAGUUCCUCCACCGCCACCCCCACCAUUUUUGAGACCAGGAUUCAAUCCAAUGCAUUUGCCACCAGGUUUUCUUCCUCCUGGACCACCACCUCCUAUUAAUCCUCCAGUUUCAGUUCCUCCAGUCUCUGUCCCACCUUCUGCAGCAGUAAAUAUCCCAAACUCUACUGUGGCCAAUAUAAAUGAAGACACUACAAAAGACUCUUCUGUGGGAAACCCAAUUCCAACAGUAGUUUCUGGAUCUAGAGGAAAUGCUGAAAAUUCAGAUAGCUCCAAAGGGUAUCCAAAUGCUCCACCACCUACAACCUCCACUAGUAUACCGGCUCCUGUCACACAACCAGUCCCACUCCUGGGUUCUCAAGGAGUUACACCUAGUCCUGUUAUUGGGCUCCAGACACCUUCUACAGGCCUUUUGGGUGCACGGCCCGGUUUGAUACCGCUCCAGCGACCUCCAGGAAUGCCACCACCUCAUUUACAACGGUUUCCAAUGAUGCCACCUCGGCAUAUGCCUCCCCAUAUGAUGCACAGAGGUCCACCGCCAGGUCCAGGAGGCUUUGGAAUGCCUCCACCUCAUGGGAUGAAGGGCCCUUUUCCACCACCUGGUCACUUUGUGAGGCCUGGAGGGGGGCCUGGUGGACCUGAUGAUAAUAGAGAUGGAAGGCAGUUCAGGAAUGAUAGGCAGCCAUUUACUCCAAAUAGAGACCAGGAAAGAUUUGGAAGGCGGUCCUUUGGAAAUCGGAUAGAAAAUGAGCGUGAACGCUAUGGUAACCGCAAUGAUGACAGAGAGCAUGAACGUCUUGGUAAUCGUGAAAGGAGAGAAUGGGGAAGAAGAAGCCCUGAACGUGAUAGACACAGAGACCUGGAGGAAAGAAAUAGACGUUUCAGUGGACAGAGAGAGAGAGAUUCUAGAGAUAGGGAAUCUCGCAGAGAGAAGGACGAAAAUCGAGGAAAGGAGAAACCUGAGUUGACAGACAGGGUAGAUGUCAAAAACCAUGAAUCCCAGAGUAGCAAAGUAGAAAACACAGACUCCAUUUCAGAACUUAAUAAAGAGGAGUCUGAACCCACAGGUGUAAAACCUGCUGAAGAGUUAACACCUGAGACUACCUCAUCUCUUGAUCAACCUGAAAAGUCUGCUGGCUCAGUUGAGGAAGCACCUCGUUAGAGACUGGAAUUUUUGUCAAAAAGUGACAUUGGAGUAUAGAGCUUUAGAGUUGUACAGUAUGCUGUAUAUUUGCUUUUGCUAUAUCACAACUUCUCCAUAGUUUAUGGGGAUAUGUAAGCAAUUUGAUUGCUUCCCUUCUAUUUAAAAUAGCUACAAAAUAACACAAAAAUAAAUCAUUACCCAUUUUUGCUGUAACUUUUUAAAAGUUUUGACUUUAAAAAGUUUACAAGUCAGAAUUAGAAGUGCUUUCUAUUUUUUUUUUAAUUUAAGUGAAGGUAAUGGUAAAAGCUCCUAAAAGCAAAUAGGGAUGUUUUUAAUAAACUCUAUUUUCAUAACAAAC